AUGAGAGAGAAGAGGGAAAAAAAAAACAACGAGCGACCAAAAGGCAAAAAAACGUCACCCCACAUCUUACAACAGUUCCGCGAGCCUGGCGGUGUUAUUAUCCGUUCGACACCACGAUCAACAGCUGGAGGAACAAAAAGGACGAUAAACAGUCAUGGACUCGUUGGAGGUCCUGGCGAAGAGAGCGUGGCUGAUACGGAGACAGACAUGAUCGAUGCAAAGAGCCAGGAGAUCCGGCCGGUCGACGGUGAGGUCUACUCGAAGAUGGAAGACCUGGCAGACGACCUUCCCGAUUCUUCGCCCCGGUUUAUCCUGCUCAGCUAUCCCCUGACGAUAGUAAGCCUGCGCCAUAACUAUCUUAUUCUGUUACUGCUGGCGGUAUUAUUAUUAUUGGUAUUACUGUAUGCUGACCCGGCAGGCUGGCCGUCCCGCCGUCCCCUACGUCCUGCUCUACUACCUGCCCGAGAACUGCAAUCCGUCACAGAGAAUGAGCUACGCCGGUGCGGUGGAGCUGAUGAGGAGCGCGGCGGAGGUGAACCGGGUGAUAGAGGUCGAGAACGAGACGGACGUCAUCGAGAUCGAGAAGAAGCUUCAAUCACAAUAACUGCCCUUCCCUGCCUAGUUAGGUGA